GAAACAUGAAGCGUCACGCUGCUGCUGGCAACUUUCUGCUUCUCCUCUUGCUGGUGGAACUGGUCUGUCCAGGUCGGGGCAAUCGGCUGCCGUACUUCAUCAACUACUUCUUUGACACCUACCUGCUGAUUAAUGAGGAUACUCCUGUGGGUUCCUCAGUGACUCAGCUGCUGGCCCGGGACCUGGACAAUGAUCCACUGGUCUUCGGUGUGGUUGGGGAGGAGGCCAGCCGGUUCUUUGCAGUGGAGAGUGUGACUGGUGUUGUCUGGCUCAGGCAGCCCUUGGACAGAGAGACUAAGUCAGAAUUCACGGUUGAAUUUUCUGUCAGUGACAGCCAAGGGGUGAUAAAAGGGACAGUCAACAUCCAGGUCGGAGACGUGAAUGACAACGCCCCACGGUUCCACAACCAGCCCUACAGCGUCCGCAUCCCAGAGAAUACACCAGUGGGCACUCCAAUUUUCAUAGUGAAUGCCACAGAUCCAGACCAGGGGGCAGGAGGCAGCGUGCUUUACUCCUUCCAGCCUCCUUCCAAUUUCUUUGCCAUCGACAGCGGCCGUGGCAUCGUGUCAGUGAUACGGGAGCUGGACUAUGAAGUGACUCAGGCGUACCAGCUCCAGGUCAACGCAACGGACCAAGAUAAAAACAAACCGCUGUCCACUCUGGCCAACCUGGCAAUCACCAUCACAGAUGUGCAGGACAUGGACCCUGUCUUCAUCAACCUUCCCUACAGCACGAACAUCUAUGAGAACUCGCCUCCGGGUACCACCGUGCGGAUGAUAACGGCAAUCGACCAGGACAAGGGCCGUCCCCGAGGCAUCGGCUACACCAUCGUCUCAGGUAACACCAACAGCAUCUUUGCACUGGACUACAUCAGUGGAGCCUUAACCCUGAACGGGCCACUGGACCGGGAAAACCCCUUCUAUAGCACUGGAUUCAUCCUUACGGUGAAGGGAACAGAGCUGAACGAUGACCGCACACCCUCCAACGCCACCGUCACCACCACCUUCAAUAUCCUAGUCAUUGACAUCAAUGACAACGCACCCGAGUUCAACAGCUCGGAGUACAGUGUGGCCAUCCCAGAGCUGGCCCAGGUGGGCUUUGCCCUUCCCCUCUUCAUCCAGGUGCAAGACAAAGAUGAG